AUGGAGGCUCAGAAUAAGGCAAGUAUUGGUGGUGUGGAAGGAAGGAACGGCAGAGAAAAAGAAGUGGGGGUGGCGAACAGGAGAGCAGUGCGGUGGUCGGAGAAGGUUUUGAGGGUUUUGGCCUUGGUGCUUACUCUGGUGGCGGCGGUGGUUGUUGGGGUUGAUAAACAGACAAAGGUUGUUCCGGUGACGCUUGGCCCUUCCCUGCCUACGGUGAAUGUUGCGGCGACUGCUAAGUGGCAUUACAUGUCCGCCUUUGUGUACUUUGUGGUGGCAAAUGCCAUAGCAAGCUCAUAUGCUGGAAUCUCACUAAUCCUGACCCUGGCAAAUAGAAGUGGGAAGAAAGGUCUAUCAAUGCUGAUCAUCAUCCUUGACCUAGUGAUGAUCGGAUUGCUCUUUUCCGGCAACGGAGCCGCCACCGCCGUCGGUGUCCUCGGGUACGAAGGGAACUCACACGUGCAAUGGAACAAGGUGUGCAAUAUGUUCGGUAAAUUCUGCCAACAAAUCAGUGCUGCUAUUAUCCUCUCUCUCCUUGCCUCUGUGGUGUUUCUUUUGCUGGUUGGGAUGGCUGCUUUUAAUCUUCACAAGAAGUCCAAGUAA